AUGUUUCAAUUAUACAGAGAAAGUAAUAUUGGAAAGGCUUUUCAAGAUAUGAUUGAGGAGAAGAUCAAUUCCCAGAUAAUCACCCCUCAGCAGGGGAGUGCAUUAUUGGAAAUGUUUGAUAUGGCCGUGGAACAGGUUUUUAAUACAAGUGUGCAUAAUAAAAUGAAUUUUAAAGCCUCCAUAAUAAGUUAUAAGAACUUUGCAGAUGUAUGGACAUUUGUUGUAAAGGGAUUUGUAAUGACAAUUGAUGAUAAAAUAGUACGAGCAGAUAGAGUAAAAAUUGUUGCCUGCGAUGCAAAUAUAAACAGUGAGAGAGCGCCUCGUGGAAAGGCUCUUGAUAAGAAAAAGUCGUUCUAAGUUAAAUAAACAUU